GGAGUCCCGGGAAGUAUAAUCCACGGCUUCUCUUCUCUCCUCCUUCCUUAGGGGUCUUGAGAAGCAAUGGCCACCGAGGCCCCUGUGAACAUAGCCCCCCCUGAACGCAGCACCGCGGGCCACACGGCCGCUGACGGCUUCAUCUGGCAGGCAGACUCGGCGAACAUGCACGUCCUGAGGCCCAAGUCCGCCAAGGGACGGACGCGGCCGAGCCCGCACAGACCGCAGGGCACAGAGCCGGGUCCUCACCGCCCGCUGGCCUCCCUGCCUCCAGCCAUCCCCUGUGAGCCACCCAGCGGCCAGAGGCCGGGAGCCUGCGCACCCAGGUCUCCAAACCAGGGAGCUCCCAGCGAGAUCCCCGAGCUGCGGCAGCAGGUGCCGGCUGGCGCUUCCUCCUCCCUCAAUAAAUACCCAGUCCUCCCUUCCAUCAACAGGAAGAGCCUGGAGGAGGGGUCUGUGGAAACAGUGGUGAAACAGGCCGGCUCCCUGCAGCUGAGCGGCACAGUGAAUAAGAAUGAAGAAGAGUCCAGAGCUCCAGCUUCUUCCCCAGAGAGGAAAGUCAUCAUCCGGACCAGGAGACAGACCUCCCCCAGGGAGGGGGAGCCGGAGGAGCCCUCAGAUCAAGAGCCCAGGCUGCUGCUGGCCGUCAGGUCGCCGUCGGGCCGAAGGUUCGUUCACCAUUUCCAGCCCACCGACGCCUUACAGAUGGUUGUCGCUGUGGCCGAGGACAAGAACCAGGCCAGCUACCAGCCCUGCAGCAUUGAAACCAUGGAAGUGCCCAGGAGACGGUUCUCUGACCUCACCAGAUCCCUGCAGGAGUGCAGAAUCCCCCACAAGUCGGUGCUGGGCAUCUCGAAAGAAGAAGGGGAGGGGGAGCCCUGAGUCCACAGCCCCCUAGUCGGGGUCCUGGGUCUCUGAGCAAGGAGCACGCUUGGCUGCUGUGGCCUUCCGGGCAGCUCAGUCCCAAGUGCCGUGUGAACUUGGGGCGGCUGUGAUCCUUGCGACCCACCUUCACAGCCUCUCCUCUGCAGGAGUGAAAUUUGCACAUGCGCCAAGCACAUUGAGAAGGUUCUCUUCCAGUUGUUGAAAUUCCCUCCAGCACUGGAGUGAACUGGCAAGUUACCAGGGCUGUUCCUGAAACCACCGUGACCAGGUCUCCCCCUUCCCCGAGGUCUGGGUCCUUUCUGGAGCACCCGCUUGCCUUUACAAAUGAACUCUCCCUCUCUUGAAGCCAAUGGUUUGCCUUUCUGUAUUUGAUGCAGGAUUAAAUACUUCCCAGAGAGGAUUCAAGUCUGGUAAAUAACCAGGGCUCGGGAAAUGUCGAACUGGCAUUUGUAUUUCUUGCAAACAUCUUUAAGAAACAGGCAGUUGACACUAUCUUGGAAGCAGCCUCUUUGCUGGGCUUGGGUGGCUAGAGUUUCUCGGGGAUUACAGUUUGUGUGAUGUGGCUUCAGAGGAGAGAACAGGUCUUUUGCUAAUACAAAUCCCCCAACACAUCAAUGUUUCUGAAAUAGUCUGGGAGCUAGAAAGCAUAUAGCUUCCACAACCGUGGAUUAGCCAAGUAGCCACUCUUAAAUAGAGAGUAAGUAGGUUUGCAAACAUCGGUAGCUACUCUCUACAUGCCGCAGUCUUCCCAAACUGAGAUAAACCAGUGUACUCUGAUUUCCUUCGCUUUUGUCGCUCAUGGAAUCUUUUUGUUUUUAAAACCAUACGAACAUACAAGUCUGUACAAGUUUGCCCUGAAGGCGCCAUUGGCUUAUCCGGGUGUGGAGAUAUAGUCUCGGUGUUUCGCCUCCUUCCAACAGAGACUCCCUGGAGCGGGGACAGCGGUGUCCCUGUUUUGUGAUUUCGGAACCCCAGGGAGAACAAGGGUUCCUCUGUCCGGCCUCACUCGGCUGCACCCGUGCCGAGAGACCCUGUGCCCACAUGUCUGUCUGAUUGGCAUGUGGUGCGUCUGAAUGCCUUAGCCCAUAGCCAUGUUGAGGACCACGCGGUCUUGGCUUUCCAACUCUGAAGUGGUGACGUGGACAACUCGCCAGAGUCCUCUUGUGUCGGGAGUUCAGCAAGACCUCCAGCUCUCAUCAGCAUCCUCUUUGUGGCCAAAUCACCAUUCAGAGUAGGGGAGCCGGUCCCUCAAGAGCUCUGCCAUCACGGAGCACUGAGUACCGCGGCGCCCUCCCUGUUCCUGGGUACACAGAGAAGGCAGGAGUUCCAGAAGCCUAUCAGCGUGGCGGCCUCAGCAGCAAGUGUACCUUGUACCUAGAUAAGGAAGGCGGCUGGAAAUGUUACAUCCAGCAACUUGAUACUCAGCCAUGGAGAUUAACGCCAACAUCGUUUCCUCUCAAGAAGGCUCGCCUUGUCCUUCCCCAUCCCACACCACCCAGAUCACUCAAGAGUGGGUUCUUUAAGAAUGUGUGGUCCAAUUUCCUAAUACCAGCUCUGUUGCAAAGGAUGAUGACACAAUAAAAAUUGAUUUGUGUGACGCCAAGUCGGCAGAGAAACACGCCUCUGUUUUCAAGCAGGACUCCGGCCCUUGCGCUCUGGCGGACAGAGCUCACCGACCUCACCUUCUUGGGAAAACACUGAGCUCUGCUGUUAAGUCCAAGUCCCCGUCCCCAGGCACCCCGGGUCCCACCCUUCCCAUAGCUCUUGCUUUCAGGUUACAGGAUCGCACCAAACUCUCUACGGCAAGAGCUGCCUGUCUCACUAUCAGAGAGGUGUGACUUUGCAGAUGGCACUGUCACGUGGGCACCCCGGUCUAAUGGGUGGCUUUGGGUGACCGCUUUGUAGUCACAGACCUCACUCGUUCAUUGAACCAGUGGUCCCUGAGGGCCUACCCUGUGUCAUACACAGGUGACCGGCAUUGGCAUCCCACCAAGGGACCAUUGACAAGGAAGCGUAAAACCAUCUCGGGAGCUGAGAGCCCGACCCACGUGAGGGGCUGUAGAUUUACCCGUGAAGGAUCCUGGAGUGAGGAGGAAACAGGCUGUUGCUGUCUCCCCGCUGCCUUGUGGAAAUGCAAAGGCGAGUCCUCCCCACCUUUCCAGCGAUGGCACCAGGAAGAGUGAUCAUUAGGGACGUGAACUUUGCGUAGGACAAAGCUUCAAGACCAGUUUUCCCAGCAUCUCCCCUGACACAGUCCAAGAGGUAAAUUAGUUCUGGCGGCAGAAGGAACAGCAGGAGACAUAAGUGACUCAUCAUUUAGAAUCCAAAAACUUUUCACCAACAGAUGGCAGGUGGUUUUAACACAACAGUCCUUGCCCUGAAAGUACCUGGGGAUCCAGCCAACAGCCGGCAAGGCAGGGCAGUCCUGAUGAAGAGAUGUAGGUGAGCGUGACCGGGGGCCGGUAGUCACUCCAGAGAUCCCACAGAAAUACUCCACAAGCGAAGAAACGUAGACAAGCCUUGAAGCCUUGAGGUUUCCAUUACCAUGAAAAACCUUAAAGUCUAGUGACGGAUCACUGUCCCAGGCAUGCAUUACGAAAGCAGGUGUAACGGGAACUAAGUUUCGCUUUUGUCUAAGCAUUUUACCACCAUCUCGUGUGCAUUUCUCGUGUCAAAUAAACCACGCUGCCCCAAGGGGCCAAAAAAUAAAAAAUUUUAAAAAGUUUCUCUUUACACAGUUUUUUUAAUACGUUGAGAUAAAAGGGUGCAUGGUUUCUUAUAGUCUGAGGUGUAUCUCAGACGAGACUUUUAUAUGGUAAGAGGAUCUACUUUCCUACCCUUUAAACAGAGCUGCAAAGGAAACUAGAUGAUUCAACUUCAGCCUCCAUCUGGAAUCAGUCUGCGAAGCAAGCGCAGGAACAUCAGUUUCCGUCCUGCACGAGGCAACACACCACUGUCAAGUGCAAGGUUUGGACCCCGUUCACCCUCGCCCUGAGCCAGAACCAGCCCAAACCCGGCCAAGGUCAGAGGCCAAGUUGGAGGAGUUGGCGAAAUGCAAGCAGAGCGGACCUGGGGUGACUCACCAGCACACAAGACAGUAGCUCACGUUGUACAAAUAAAAUUGGGUGUUUUAUUCUGCGUC